CGCAGAAUUUCGUGAUCGUUUAUUUUAGUUUACAGAUGAAGGAUGAUUAGUCAAGGUCUUAACUUAGCCAUGUGCGAGAAUUAUGUUUGACGAAACUCAGGUAUUCGAAGGAUUGACUGCUUGGUUUUCUACGAGUGUACCUGCAAGUUUGAAGUCUCGAUGGGGUACGUCGCGUUAUGUAUGUUUAUUUAUGGUGAUGCACGUCAACUUGGCGGUUUUUUUAUUCCAUGUUUAUGUUUACUUGAUUUCCAGUGAAAAGUGGGGGACUUGUCGGGAAAGAGUUCAGUGAUGUAGACUACAUUUUCAGCAGCAAUGCCUCUGCAAAAGAUACGUUAAGGUGCGUUUAAAAACAAAGUUUCUUUACUUACUUAAUUACUCACCGUUGCCCAUGGACCCUCUUGGCGCCUAGUGCAGCGACGAAUUCUCUCUAUUUUUCUCCAUCUUCUUCUCCUCCUCAAAUGUCCGCCGUCUUUUAGGAAUACUGAAAUUUGACUUGCUCGAAUUUAAGUCGAUAAGAACCUUUGGUGCUGAGUCUUUUAUUUAGCUUGUUUUGGUGCUAUUUGUUUUAGGUUUAUAGAUUAAUCACCUGAAAAGCUUUCUUCAUUUUGCAGGAUUUUCGAUUCACACAAUGAAGAGCUAACCAUUUUUAAUUCUUCAUUAAUUGAGGAUGCUGUUAAAAAUGGCAAAAUCGUUUUAAGUGGAAAAUACUCUGGGGAUUAUAUUCUCAUUCAUCCUGCAUAUCAGAAAGGUAAUCAUUUUCAGUUCUUUCUAUUAAAUUAAAUAAAUAUCCUACAUACAUUAAACACUAGACUAUUACAACAAAAGUAUUCAACAGAUACACCAAACAAUGCUUCAUUAAUAAAUUACAAACACUUAUGAAAUACAGAGACAAUAAAUUAUUAAUCAGGAAUAAAUUACAAACAUAGAUUCAUAUUAGUGGAGGUGUUAUUCACAUAAAAAAACAGAAUCUAGGCAAAAAUUAUUUAAUGCAGUUUAUAUUGCAAAUAACAAUAUUCUAAUUUUUAUACAUAGAUAGUUUCAAAUUUUGAUUGAACAAAACAUAAAAGAGGCACUGAGUGCCAGUAGUUCAACAGAAAGGAGGUUGUAACUAAUCUUUUUGCUUUCUGCAAAUUAGCUAUUUGCUUUCAUCCUUUUACUGAUCUUACUUGCGAGCCGUAUGUGUAGGCUGUUACCAUGCAAGUCCAAGGCCAUUUAUAAUAUUAUACAGAAAUGUGAUGUCAUGUACUUACAGCUGACUCUGGAUUUAUUACCCCAGGUGCUAAAUAAGUUUUAAAUUUUAAGCCUUUUUCUCUCAUGAUUGCACAAGACAGAAUUUUUUCCUGAAGUAUCAAUAGAAUGUCAAGCAAACUAGUGAUAGGAAUAACGAAAAAUAUCAAUUAGGAGAUUAUUUGUUGAUCAAACACCAAAUUCUAAGAACUAACAUCAUAAUAACUGUUUGGCAGACAGUAAGGAGAAUCACCAAUGAGAUCUGGGAUUGAAAGGGUUAUUUGCAAGGACUAUUUAAUGAGGGAAAGGCACUCAUUCAUUUAGAGGAUCUCAGUACAAAAUCACUGUUUUUUGUUUGUUUGUGAUGAUUUUUUCUCACAUUUACCAGAGAUAAUAAAUUUCAGGAAGAGAAAGUGAUAAAUUUUCCCUUCUAAUCCUUUAUUACAAAAUCACCAUAACAGUAAUUCAGGAGUUAGCUUGCAACACUUUAAAAUGUUAUGAAACCUCUGAAUAAAACCCUUAUCUAUAACAAAUCUAAGUAUGAGAAUGAACUGCUCUGUGCUCCAGAGACCUGUAGUCCAGUUAAACAGUGUGCUACAUAUUCAUGGAAUUGAAGUCCUAUUGCAAACACUCAGGGAAAGCUUAUCAGCUGGUUAUCAGCAUCUAUGAUUUUUAGAUAACUUUUACCAACAAGUUAUUUCUAUUUUAAUUUAGUCUCUCACAAGUUUUGUUGUCUUUAUUACACAGAAGUUAGAUUUUAUAAUUAUGUGAUAAUUUAUUUCUUUUUUUUAUGUAAUAAUUUUCUCACUUGACACAGUGAAAAAAAACUCUCUUGCAAUUAAUUUUAUUAUUACAGAAAUUGACAAUUUUUAUAAAAAUAAAUGUCCAAGACUGUACAGAAGUGAUGUGAGACUCACAGGAAUUAAAGAUGGCAAGAGAAGUGGUUUUCAUGAAAGUAAGGUAAUACACAAAGUUUGUAGCAGACAAAUGGAAGCAACAACUUUUUUAGGCCUUUUAUUCCCAAGAUCUCAUUACUAAUUCACCUUACUGUCUGAUAUACAAUCCUCAUGAUGUUAGUUUGGAAAAUUUGGUAUUGGAUCACCUAAUACUCCCUUAAUUGAUAUUUUUCUUUAUUCUCAUUACUUGUCUGCUUGAUAUUGUACUGUAAGGAGAAAUUCUGUCUCGAUCAUCUUGAUCACUCAUGGGAGUUAGUUUUUGCCAUUAUUUGUAGAUCAAGAACAGUAUGAAGAAAGCUAAGAAAGCUAAUGAUGAUGAAGAUUCAGAUGAAUGGGAAUUUGAGGACAGUUCUUUGCCUAAAGUUCUUGAUAAAGUGGUGAGCAUGUCUGGUUUGCCUUGAAACAGAAUAAAGUAUAUCUUGGACUAGAUAUUUUCUGACCUACAGAUUCUACUACAGUAAUUUUUUUAUUUUGGCACAUUUUACCAAUUGAAAUAAACUGGCUUUGUUCACAGUCAAGUUAUUGAGGAAAGGAUCUUGCAAAUCACACCCAGACUAUGUCAGAUCAGCUGAUUUAACUUUACUUUGAGUAGAUAGAGGGGGUAAGGUCUUACAAUCUUGAUCUCACUUUUCAUUGACAACCAGCUGUCACUCAAAGUUGUUUAGUAUGGGAAAAAAUCAGAGAUAAAUGUGAACAAACAGAGGACUGGAAACAGUCCAUCCCAAGCCACACUCUUACUAACUCUUUAAACAUCAGUUACUAGGGUAAGUAAAACCAUUAGCCAAUUUUUCUUUUUAAAGGAGCAAAUUGCAGUUAGUGAUAACCUGGUGUAAUAAAUGUAAAAAUCACUCCUCCAUCAUCUCCUCUCACCACUUAUACAAACCUUUCCUUACAGGCCCUUGCAGUCACUAACCUCUAAUUUGAACACUGUAGAGACAACUGAUUUGAAAAUCCUUUGGGAAAAUAGGCUUUAGAGAGACAUUGUCAGUUUUGUUGUCUUUUAGAAGAAGAAUAUAGCAGAACAGAUUGGUGAUGAUGACUCAGACAUGUGGGACGUAACAGAUGACUCAGAGAUCUCCUUAACUAGUAUGAAUGCAAGGACACAGCCUAAGGAUGUAAGGAAAUGUAUUAUGUCACUUUGUGGUGUCACCAUUUUCAUUAAAUUUACAGUUCACUUUACAAUAAUUUAUAUCAUCAUGCCCUUAAUUAUGCCUUUAUAUGGGUAAAUCUGAUGAUCAGGAUCAUUGCUAUGGUAAAACUCUUAUAAACUAUAAAGGGGGUAAGUGUCUGAAGAAGCUAUGGUGCUGCAUAAGUGGGAGAGUAUAACAGGGUAAUUUAGUAUUAUCAACCAUAAAGAGUUAAAAAGCUAAUGUUUCAAGUGUUAGCCCUUUGUUAGAGUGAAGGGCUGAUGAAGGGCUAACACUUGAAACAUCAGCUUUUUAUUGCUUUAUGGUGGUCAAUUUACACUAUCAACUCAGUUGAUAAUACUGACUUACCCUCUUUCAAACUAUGUUGAGUCUAUGACACCAUUCAACAAUAGCCUUGAUUAUGAUGGUUGAUUUCUUCAGAGAAAAUUGGAAACUGACAUGCUGGGGCCAGAACUUUUCAUUUGAGGGAAAACCAUCAUGAUAAUAAGAUUAUCUAUGGACAUUUUUAAGGCAUAAAGAAAUUGAAACUAGUGUGUAGGUGCUUAAAAUGCUUUUGGAGACAAUCAGGCUAACUUGUCAAUAAUUUGAUAGUCAAGAGUAAAGUUGACCUGUUGUGUGAAAAGUUGUUAUUUGAACUAAUCUUAAUAUCUGUCAUUGUAUUUAUGAAACAUUGCCUGAUUUGAUUCAUACCUUGUAGAUUGAAAGUCUUCCAAGGGAGAUUAAGAAUACAGAGCAAGAAAUGUCUGAUGAAUGGGAUUUCAAAGAUGAUCCUGACCUUCACACUAAAAACUUAAAAGAUGCCAAGAACAAGAAUGUACAGAGGGACAGAAGACACUCAAAACUGUGUAGAUCAUCCCAUUUAAAUUUUGUUGCAGCCCCUCAGAAACAGCCAUGGAUCACUGUACAACCAAACAAAACAAGUGAAGAUGUUAGGAAUUUGUCUAACAAUCCCAGUGCAACAUUUUCAAUAAGUGACAUGUCUCAUGAUAAUUAUAGUCAAGCUGACGAGAAGCAACAAGGCCAGGGUGGGUACCACUCGCAGAAACCAGUAGAGCAAGAUAGAGAGCAGCAAAUGCACUGUGGUGACUGUCAGGAAAUGCAUACAUCACAUUCACAACAUACUGAGCAAGGGGGAAGCUAUCUAGAUGAUACUAAGUCGAGAAAUAAAGUUUCACCUGAUAAAGGCAUUAGACCCCACUUUCUCAGCAGUAUGGAUGAUGGUGAGUUUGACUAUUGCAGUAUGACCUUUGCUUUGUUGAGGUUUAUUAAGAAGGGGUCUGUAGAAGAGGAUCAAAUUUCUUAUUGAAAUUGGUUUUUAUUCUGUAGAUUUUGUUACUUUGUGUAAAACCAUACAUAGCUGUGAAUAAAGCUAUUUUGCUACAAUGAUACCUUGAAAAAGAUCAAAGGAGGCCACUACUGAUGAAUGAGCAUUUAAGCAUUUUCCUUAUUUAGAGUUAAAUUCUGUGCCUUGACAAAAGAAGAAGUCUAAACAUUUCAAUCAGUAUUGAUCAAUAAUUUACCUACCAGAAACAGGGAGUAGCUAAAUGUGUAACCCCAUGUGGCCACCAGAAGUGGUGGUAACCAAAAGGUGAUCUUAUUAUUGUUGGCUAAAAUUCAGUGCUUCUAUGGACUAAUACUAUUGCAGGAACCACAUUCAUAAAAGAAGCAGGUUAGAGUCUCCAUCUUUCCCACUUUGUAAAAUCAUAACUUCAGCUGAGAAAGAACCGUAUUACUUCUAAUUUAGUUUUUUUUAAGUAUAUUUUUCUUUUACUUUCAGGCUUCGUUCAUAUUGAUGACAUCACACUGCCAGAUACACCAAUAUGUGACUUCAUUCCAAAUCACGCUGGCUGCAGAGUGGAUGCCAAAUAGACAAUGCCAAAACACUCUCUUAAAGAUUUUGACUUAUGUUAUAAAUUAUUGCUUUCUGUUUUAGUUGCUUUUUAUUGGAAACAAUUGGAGAGAAGUUUAUCAUGUUCAUAAAAAGUUUAGAGUGUACCGGAACCUCCAUUUAACCAGAUUUUGAAGGGUUUUUUUUAUAUUCAUGAUGGUGCUUAAGAUGUACAUUUUUUACUUCAUUGUAAUAAAACCAUUUUUCCAUUUUGAAAUUUCUAUCCUUCAUAUUAUUCCUCGGAACAACAAUGCUAUUUUUGGCUGGCAUCAAUUUGUUCUGAUGAGGAUGUUUUAAAUGUUACUUGAGUUGAUUUGCACUUGUUCACAUUGAAAUGGUUGCCACAGGUCUGGAAGUAUUUAGGGGAAAAAUUCUUCAUUCUUAGGGAAAGUCAGUGAAAUUACAACAUCUCAAUUCAAACUUCUCUCCAGUUCCAUGUUUUUUUUGUGUAUGUGGCUGCAACAGGUUGUCCCUAUUAUCAAAUAACAGGCUCCAUUUGCGCAGAAAACCACAGUUAAAGCUGACAUGUGUAGGGCCACACAGGUGGACAUGAGGCAGCCUAGAAAAAGCCAUCCGGUUUUGCACGCUCUUUUGUAUCUUCUGAGAAUGUGAAUUGAAAUUGUGGAUGUCAACUUAAAAUAAAACAAUUGAAAAAAGGAG